CCACGCCGACUUCAGAGUCGUCUCCAGCCGGAUUAAAGUUGGGGUUCUUGUUUAAACUGAGGUGAAGUUCACGUCACGUAAAAGCCGCCAGCUGAACCGUUUGGAAGUGUCCAGUCCAGCUGCAUUUAGCAGUUCACGGUGUCGUGCCACCAUCACCUGCAUCUCGUUCCUGGGCAUCUUCCACCCCAGGAGGAGACCCCGUGCCUGAGCACCCACUCCUGCCCCGGCCCCUGGACCACCACACCCACCCUGCUGUCUCUGUGAUUUGCCUGCUCUGGACGUUUCUUCUUCUACGUCGUCUUUUAUGACUGGCUCCUUCACUGAGAUGUUUUCCAGGUUUAUCCACGUUGUCGCGUGUUUUAGAGCUCCAUCCCUUUUGGGGUCCAAUCCUGCUGCCCUGUGCGGACCGACCACGUUUUAUCUGUCACAGACACUGGGAUGUGUCCACCCUUCGGCUGCUGGGGACAGAGGUGCUGUGGACGCUGUCCAUGUUUUCGUUUGUGCGCCUGUCUUCAGUGAUUUACUGAAGAUUCAGAUAAGAAAACGGAGGCUCCCAAGCCCAGGCUGUGCCCUGGAGCAGCGAGCACCUCCUGGGGGCCUGCAGCCCCGCCAGCCAGGCCAGGCCAGGCCCGUGCCAAGAAGCCUCGGCGCCUGGAAACCGGAGAAGCCAGGCGGCUUGUCCGCUCGUUGCCCUGGAGAUGUGAGGGGAGCUGCCUCCUUGUCUCAGUGCCAGGACCUCGCCGGCCCCUCUACAGCCGCCUCCAGCCAGACACGGCUCCGGUCAUUAAAUAGGGCAAUUGUGGUGCCGGCUCCACGGACCCCAUCCUGGACCAGGCUGGCGCAGCGAUCGUGCCUUGCAGCAGGCGGGCGGCAGGCUUCCCGGACCGCGGCUACGCCAGUCUCCUGUAGCCCGGCCCCUCACCAGGCCCUCGCCAGCUCUCGCCACGCCAGGAAGCAGGAAGCAGGAAGCAGGAAGCACCGCCCAUUUUCCGGUGGGGAAACUGACACACCAGCCGUUUCCCGGUUGAGCCUGCGACCUAGAUGUUCAGGCUGGCAUCCCUUCCACAGCGCCACACACCUGCAGAGGCUGCCUGAAGCAUCUCAGGAAAUCCAUCUGUGGCACGAUGGUCGGAAGCUUCUUAGGCCUCCUGAAUGGGAAAGGCUUGUUCCUCCUGGUUGCCUGGCUUAUUUUUCUUGCAUGGGCGGUGCCUUGGGUACAUUGCAGUGGAGUGUGUUUCCCUUUUUGCCUUGGCCCCUAGGAAGCCCAGAGUCAAACCAUCGUCUGUUUUUAGCUGUAUGACACCAUGGUACACACUUCUGAAUCCUGACCUUACUGCUGGCUUCUCUCCAUAUUCACUCAGUUGGGUGUUAUUUUGUUCUUACUAUUUCAGAUCCUUUGGGGAAUGAUGUGACUGAAGUUCAGAGAAGGGGGGUGAAUCUGGUGUUGCUGGGCCUCUGUGGGGCCCACCUGCUAAAUGCCAUCCCUAGGGCUCUGUGCAGCGUCCAUCGGGGGCUGGCACCAGGGUGGGUGCUUUGACAGGAGGGGUGCUUGGUGUUGCUGGUGAUGGUGGGGGACCCACUCUGGGGCUUGAUUCACGGCAGCUCCCAGGGGAACCACAGAGAAACUGUGGGGUGAUUACGUCCGGGGUCAGCGAACAGGUUUCAUUUAUUUUGCCAUUUUUGAUGGAGCACAGCCUCCUGGAGCACUGUGUUAAGAAGGGUCCUGUGGGGGCUUCCCUGGUGGCACUGUGGUUAAGAAUCUGCCUGCCAAUGCAGGGGACACGGGUUCGAGCCCUGGCCUGGGAAGAUCCCACAUGCCGCGGAGCGACUAAGCCCGUGAGCCACAACUACUGAGCCUGUGCGUCUGGAGCCUGUGCUCCGCCACGGGAGAGGCCGCGACGGUGAGAGGCCCGCGCACCGCGAUGAAGAAGGCCAUCUUCAGGGCUGCCCCACGCCAGGGUGGCUCAGGUAGGCAGGACACGCAUGUCCUUACCUUACCUGGGGCUCCUCAGACACCAGAGCCCCGUGAGAUUUUCAUACUCAGGCCAGAACAGAGGCGACGUAAACGUGGACCAACCGAGGUACACGGGCGAGCGAGCCUUUCCCCACCUGCUCAGCCUGGCGGAGGGAGGCUGGGCCCGGGCCGGCCUGGGCGGAGAGGCUGCUAGGGUCUCCAACUCUUCCCAAAGUCCCUGCCCAUCCCCAGAGACUCAGAAUGCCGGGGUGAAGUGCAGGCCUCGGCAGAGCUGUGCCAGCCUGGCCUGAAGACGGCCCGGUCCUGGCUCCCGGCAGAGGUGGAGGCCAGAGGGGGCGGGACCUGCCAUGGCAAGCCCAGCGAGAGCGGUCUGGACGCCUCCGGGGCAGGCGAGGGGGGAUGCGGGGCCGAUGGGCGGC